CAGCUGGAAAACUAGCUAGAGAACCAGAUCGUCCAACUCAUAUAUGUACUUCCAUUCUGCAAAACCCUUCUUCCAAUUCAUCCAAAACAGUACCAUUUUUCCCACGUGUAUUGCUUAGCGUUCAGCAACCUCUGUCUAGUCUGAUAAAUCAAACAAUAAUACAACCUACUGCUCUCACCACUGCAUCUGGUGCCAAUACGCCUCUACCACAUGCUUCUAGUUUACAUAUGUCGGCUACAUCAGUUUCAUCUCCCAUUAAUUCUACCAAUCAGUUCUUCCCUUUGAUAUUGGCUGCCGCAUCUACAUUGCCUCCGUCAACAUCAAGUGCACCGACACCACUACAACUUCACUUGGGGAACUAUUCAGGAAGCUCUAGUGUUGCAUCAGCAUCAAGUCAAAGUAUCUUUUUACACCCAAGUGUCACAACUACUGCAUCUUGUUUGUCCGUACCGAAUGUUUUAAACAGUCCAUCACGGCUAGGUACAUCUGGUGUUACGACAGCUUCCACCCCACUAGUUGCUUCGUUAAUCAAUAAAAACUGUUCCACAUCGCCGUCAGUAGCUUCUGUUGUCAUAUCUCCACAGGCUCCAAACCAUAUACAACCAACACUUGCUUUAAGAUUCGCAACCCAUACGUCAACCCAAUGUAGCGCUAUGGUUACAACUGCAACAGUGAAUUCAAGUGCCUGCCCACUAGUGUUUGAAACUCCUACAACAAAUGUUACGUUGCCACUCCAGUCUCAAAGAUCACAUUGUGUAACUGCCAUAAAUUUCCCUGCGCCGACUUCUGUAUCUGGAAGUUUGCUCAUGAGUUCUACUCUCUGCUCAACUCCACGCGUACUUAUUCACAAACCUCAAAGCCUUUCAAACCCACCAUCUUUGAUAGAGAAUCCAACAACUUCAAUUACUACUGUAUCUCCCAGUAAGAUGAGUACAUCCGAUUCCAGUUUCACCAAUUUAUCGAAUCCCGCUAUCAUUUUCCAUGAUCAAGUAAAUACACAGUCUCCACAAACAUCAAAAACUAAAUUGGUUAAUUUUACCACACCGCUAUCUGCUACUGUUCGUUUGAUUACACCUCCAUCUACGGUUUGCACGACUACUAAAUCCACAUGCACUGUAUCCACUUCUGGAAAUAGUGCUUUAGCUUUCCCGACAUCCUUAUCUCAGACUGUAGCACUUUCAACUCGGCCAUCUAUAGCAAAUACAGGUAGUGUAUGGUCAGGGUUGACAGUGAAUCCUAAUGUUUCGUUCAUGUCUCCUUCCAGUGGUAAUGUUGUUGCCAUUCAGUCUUCACAAUCCUUGAUUGUUCAAGCUCAAUCUGACUUACCUGUUCAGUCAACUAUAGCAACUUCUUCAUCUUUAAAUCCAAGUUUGAUGAUGUCUCUUCGAAGUUUUUCUGGAAGUUCAUCAAAUACAGGUCCAUCUUUACCCUUGAGUGCAGCUAAUCAUACAGUGCUGGCCUUCAACUUGGCAAAUUCAAAUGUUCAUAGUACUCCUACAACAUGUACAAGCGUUACAGGAAUGCUUACAAAUCCUGUCCGGCAAAUAAAUUCUUCCAGUCCUGCUUCUCCACUAAUUGUUCGUGCUAGUGGACCUUCAGCAGUUGGAUAUGUACCAAAUACUAGUACGGUUAUGGGUCCUACAUCGCUUUUAAAACCAUUCAACUUAAGCGGAAACACGGGAUUAUCUGCUACCUCGUCCAGCACAUCUGUGGUACCGCAUAUUUUACCGGUCAAUAUUGCUCCAGCCAAAUUAACUCCUUUACAACCAUCAAUAUCUGCUUCAACUUCUUCAAUAUCUCAUACCCGUUCAAAUUUUUCUCAGAAUAACUCUGUUUGCAUUAGUUCUCAUCGCCUCCCGACUUCAUCUAUUUUUUCUCAGCCCAGUCGAAAGAGAGCACGUAAGCAGCAACUCGCUUCAUCUUUCUCAUCUGUAAUGAUUACUCCAGUUUCGGUUGUCUCGUCGACUACAUCAACUGCUGUCAGUAUGAGUAGUCUAGUAAAUCCUUCCAGUUUAAAUUCUGUAGUGUCUGGAUGUCGCAGCGUUUUACCAUCAACACCUACCCUGGUUGCCAUGGCUAAACCAACUAUCCAACCACAUCAGUUUGCACAACCUGUGUACAGUUGUCAAGUGACACAUUCACCACAGAUCUCAGGAAGUUCUACUAAAUCAGGUCCUGUAUCAGUGGAUUCUGUUUAUCGGAAUACAUCAGCAACCAUUUCCGUCAGCUGUGCAACUAACGUCAGUCCAUCCAACAGCGGACUUAUGGGUAUACGUUUAGUGUCGGUACGUUCUACCCCAACUACUUCUGUUCCCAAUAACAGUUCUAUUUUACUAAAUACUACCUGUUUUCAGUCAUCUACUGGGAGUCUUGGGACCCGUGGGAGUACAGGUGAUAAUUCAGUGAUUAUGGUCACAUCUCCAUCACAGAUCGUAUCUUCUGGUGGACACCUUCGUAUCACCAAUUCACAUUGCUCACAGUCUUCGGAUAUUCAUCAAACACAGGCCGCUGCGGUGUAUGUUUUAACCACCUCUGUUUAUCCGAUUCUAAGCACUACUACUGUUACUUCGUCGAACUCUAAUUCAGGAAGUGAGUCAACAUGUUCUGCUUCCAGUAUCAUCAGUCCAGUUGUAGUUUCUGGAUCAACAAACGGUGUUCUUCAGGUACGAUUUAGAUCUCCACAACCAAAUAUUAGUCCUACUGUCAUGGCUGAAAACCAAGAAUCUAAAAGUUUGCAAGUUGUUAAUCAUAAUAUUCUUUCAACUAGCCUACAUUCAAUAUCCGAUGUUUCUAAGUCAGUUUCCGAAGAUUCAAAGUUUAUUAAUCCGACUAGUAAACCACUCCGAUGUGCUUCUGAAUCGAAUCCUCUUUUACAUCACCUAGUUUCAUCCUUGAAACAAUCUCAAAAUGAAUCAACGGCUGAUGCUAGCCAUAUGAAUAAUACAGAUCUGAAGAAGUCUGAUUCAAUUUCAACCCAUUCUGAGUUAUCUCUUUCAAAUUCAUGGUCACAUAAUAACAUAGAUGAUUCAAAACAAAUUAAUGUUGGGAGCUACUUGAAUUCAAAUGAAAAACACACUUGCUUUUAUCCUACUACCAGCAGAGAUAAUUCUGACCUUAACAAUGACUUCACUGAUUGUGAUAGUAAAAUUUUAAACGAAAAACAGUUGACCGUACCUAUUCACAAUAUACCACGUAAGAAAAUUAAAGGUGAACAGGAACCAAAUGAAUGUCAAAAGGCUGAUGAGAUUACCAUUAAAAGUGAUCUUCACAAUAGCAAUAAACUAUCAAAAGCUGGUAUAUUAUGGACUGUAGACCCUGUUGAUGGUCGUGAAUGGAUACUUAAUGGAAGACCUACAAGGCCUUUAAUCAAUCCAAAGUGCGGAUUGUCAAAUAGUAGGUUGAGUGUUCCUUGUCGUUCUAAGAGCUCUCACUUUCUCAGUCUUUCUGAAAUAUGCACAAGACCACAACACAAGUCUGCCAAUCCUGAUGAUUCUUCACGACGUGGUGUGCAGAAUACUCGCCGCAGACGUCGUUCUUUGGUUACUGGCACGAAUAUGUCACACUCCGAAUCUGACAUUCAGAGUAAAGGAGAGAGAGAUAUGAAUAGUUUAAAUUCUAAUUCUGAGUCAAAUGAAGCGAAACGUUUAGUGCAAGAUAUUUUAGCGGUACGCGCUGAGCAAGAAGAUUCUGGUUUUGUUAGAUUUCCUUUGACCACUACAUCAGUGCUGGAUAUUACAGGUUGGCGUGUUCUUCGUUGUGCUGACAAUUUGGAUUUAUUGGCAUACACAGAGUUGCAAACACUAGAAACCAUAAAGAAUAUGGAGACCGAUUUAACUGACCAGCUACAUUGCAUUUCUACUCAGAGUGUUACAUCAUCACUUCUUAGUGUAUCUCAAGGUGUUAGUGAAACAGCAAAAUCUAUAGAGUCUGGAUUAAAAUCAGAUGAAUCCGAGAUGGCUAGUCAGUUUAAUGUAGCUAUUGAAUUGAUCAAAGGGAUUUCUCAACGUAAAAAAUACCUAUUGGACUCUAUUCAGAGGAUAAGUUCGGUCACCAAAAAUUUAGUACAUCAUUUCAGUCCUGGAAUUCAUAAUCUAAUUGAAGAGCUAGAAGAUAGUCCCAACAGCUCUAGUAAAUCAUUGUCUCCAUCAUCAUCGAAAACCAAUUUGGAUUCCAACACUUUAUCUACUCCAAUUACCUUACGAAGAUACUCACGAAGGUAUCCGACCCAUAAUCCCAUAGUCCGACAAGUUCGACGUCGAAAUAACGUUGCAAUCACUAGAGGCUCGAAAUCACUAACUUCCCUAAUUAAAAAUUCACCAAACAACUGUCCAGGAACGAGUUCUCAAGGAAAUAUAUGUAAUGGUGGAACCAGUAACUAUUCCGUAAUUCGGUAGUUAUGAAUUUCCAGAUAUAUAUUUCAAACACCAAUAUCCAUUGAUAAAUAAAGUUGUACAGUGUUGUGUAUGUACGUUAUGCACUACCAUGCAGCAUUUUAUAUUUUACA